ACAACGGUGUGGUGAGAUUACACGUCAAACAAUCAUAAGAGUGAUUUUGAUUCUGUUUAUUUAUGAAAGUGUAAAUUAAAAUGUUUCAUUGACAUUAUAGUUCGUGUCCACUUAUAACAACAAAAAAAUAAUAAUAAUAAAAACAAACUUAUAACAAUGGGUGUCUUAUUUAGUUACUUUAAGAGCUUAAUAGGUGCUCGAGAGAUGAGGAUACUAAUACUAGGUUUAGAUGGUGCUGGAAAAACUACAAUUUUGUACAGGUUACAAGUAGGUGAAGUUGUAACGACUAUACCAACUAUAGGUUUCAAUGUCGAACAGGUUACAUAUAAGAAUCUUAAAUUUCAAGUAUGGGAUUUAGGUGGUCAAACUAGUAUUAGGCCAUAUUGGAGGUGUUACUAUAGCAAUACCGAUGCUAUUAUUUAUGUGGUGGACUCGGCAGAUAAAGAAAGAAUGGGCAUAUCAAAAGAUGAACUUUUUCAUAUGCUAAGGGAAGAAGAAUUAACAGACGCCAUUUUGGUGGUCUUAGCAAAUAAACAAGAUAUCCCUGGGUGCAUGUCCUUAAAGGAAGUGCACCAAGCCUUAGGCCUAGAAGCACUAAAAAAUAGAACUUUUCAAAUCUUCAAGACAUCAGCCACCAAAGGUGAAGGCUUAGAUAUGGCAAUGGAAUGGCUGGCAAAUGCGCUGAAGAAUCGGAAAUAACACUUUAUUUAUUUAUCUAAUCUAGUCUCCUAUACAGCACUAAACGAGAAGGUGCAAAUUUGUAUAAUACUUUCUGGAAACUGAAAAAUGCCUAUUUAAUGUAAAAUUUAAUUUUAUUGUAAGAUUUGAGGUCGUAUUUACUUUAAGUAUUUUCACAGAAGUAUGGUCAGGUUACAAAAUGCUGGAUGCAGCCAUCGACACAAACUGAUAUAUCCAAUUUUUUAGACAGGCUUUUCUUUAGAUAUAGUGUAGGUGCAUUUAAAAUGACAUUAUUGUGGUUUAUAUCCAUUUUCAAACACUGCUCAUGACCAAACGACUGGUUUGGAAUUAGAUCUAAAAGGAGUCGUUAAUGAAAAAUUACAAAUUAAUUCACUGUUCUUUGUUUUUCACUGCAUGUCGAGAAUGAAUAUCAUAAGAGGUACCUAUGUCAGUAUAUAAAAUUAAUAUGUUUACAUGCCCGUAAUAGGAUUAACGAAAUGUACAUUUUUUAUUCGAAUAUGUUUUGUGGCCUGACUGAUCGUCAUUCCAUUUGAUUUGUUGUUUUAUAGAUUCUGUCAAACACAUGCUAAUAAUUGUAAUAUUUAAUUAAUAAAUACAUCAUUCUCUGAAACAUCUAUAUUCUUACAUUUUGUACAUUCAAUAAAAUAUAGAUGUCCAAUAUUGUUUAUUAUUUAAUAAUAAAAACACAAAUUCAAAAUGAAGAUAUUUUUAUUAAAGCGAAGAGAACCAAACAUACUUCCUGGGAAAUACGAUACACUGAUAAAAUGUAAUGCCAUUUGUCAGAAACAAAAAAGAUAAAAACAAGUCAAAGUGUUUAAUAUUUAGAUAAAUAUGUAAAAGGUAAACAUUUGUUUUCUCAUUUUGGUAUAUUUUUAUUUGUGGCAAAUGAAUUUCAACCAAUAAUAACCACUUUAAUGUUGAUUUAAGGGCUGAAGCUACCAGAAUUUUGAAAAAAAAAUCAAUUUUUUGAUAAAUGGUUUAAAUAACGCUUUCUUAUGUGAAGAAUAAUGAAAAAAGUUUUAGGUACGGAAAGAAUUAGGAACACGAAUAUUUUCGAGGUGGAACGCUACCACUCGCAGCGUGCUACAGGAGUGCUUAUUGUAACUUGUGAGAAUGCGCGCGAUAGCUAUUACAGAGACUAAAUCCGUUAAUAACAGACCCUUCUGGCUAUACAGUCCUCUGAAAAAAGGUGUCGUUGCUUGCCAUCACCUAAAGCCACCAUUUUAUACUACCCAAAAACAUGUACAUACAAUAAACUCUUUUUGUUCUGGA